AUAAAACUACUACUACUAUAGUGGUGACCUACAAUCUUUGAAGUUUGAUUGAUUGAAGUAAUCCAGCAAAAUUAACAAGAAAAAGCAAUUCCUGAAUUUCUGGCCCUUUUCAAAGAAAGCUGUUUUAAUUAGAUAUUAGAUCAUGCGGCCAUGAUUAGAAACUAAAACAUGUCGUCCCCUCAAAGCGUAUCAGUCGAUCAAAUGCGACAAAUACUAAAUGAAAUUAUAGACGCCCUGGAAUCGCCUGAUUAUGCUUCCAAACUCGAUGAAGCUAAAGAAGCUGCUGGUAAUGAGAUGUUGAAAAUGAUGCAAAUAGUCUUCCCCAUGGUUGUGCAAAUAGAAAUGGAGACAAUAAAGCACCAUGGCUUCAAUAAUUCACGUGAAGGCAUAGUUCAAUUCACUCAGCUUAUUCGUGACCUGGAGAGCAUUGAUGGUGAGGUUGCCCGUCUUCAUACUCAAAUCCGAAGCCACUACCUGCCCCCUGUGUCCAUCAGUUCUUCUGUUGACACAUCUUUGUAAAACAGUAUUAAAGAUAUUAUCAACCUAACUAAAUGUUAGGGAAAGGUCCCAGAAAGCAGGUAAAUAAAUAUUCAUUCCCGUUUACCAUAUUAAAGCUUCUCACACAUAUUUAAUAUAACAUAAACAUUGAACAUGUAUUUGUAUUAAACAAUACAACUCUGCUGACUCAAGUCCCACAUGCAGGUACAAAUUGUUCCAACAAAACAUGUACUCUUGUUUACCAAUGACAUUCACUAUGAAGAAACAACAUUGUGUAAUAAAAACCAAAUUUGCAAAUUACAAAUAAUUACUGGGUGGUAGGAUGUAAUAUGUGUCUAUUUCUGUUAGGAAGCAGUCAUCCAUUUGAGUUUUAAAGGUGUGACAGCCAUUAUACAAUUCAAUUAUACAUUGACAACGCUUGCAGCUGAAAGUAAGUAUUGUACUUUUUGACGAAGCAUGUUGCUGAUAACUUUAUUUCUGUAAUAUGACGAAGCAUGUUGCGGAUAAUAACAUGUACUUUUAGGUUAGGAAUAUUGUUCUUUUUUUUUAUAAUAAAUAAAUUGAUUGUACAAAAACUUACAAAAAAA